AUGCAUCCUGACCAUGACACAUUUCUUUUACCAAGACCAGAAUGGGUUAAUGACGAAGACGUCCUACACUGUCAGUCAUGCAAUAGCGCCUUUGGACACAUGAAACGAAGACAUCACUGCAGAAACUGUGGAAACAUAUUCUGUAAUGCUUGUUCUACUCGCAAAGUCACUCUGCCACAACUGGGUUAUGGUACCAAACCAGCUAGAGUGUGUAACAGUUGUUUCGAUGUGGCCUAUCUAGUGACAUAUGCAAUUGACGAAGACCAUGGAGUGACUACUCAAGUUCAUGGUGUGAGAGGACUUUUGGAAUUGAUUGAGAAUGAUCAUGAAAACGAUCUUCACAAUAUUGUGGCACAUGGUGGAAUCGAUGCUUUAAUCUGGUUAUGCAAAUCAACCUCUUCAAGAGAACUUCACCACCUAACUACAACCAUCUUGGCAAUUUUGGCAGAAAAAGAAUCAAUCCGACCUGUAAUCAUUACAAAAUGUGCACUUCCACCUCUUCUCGACCUCAUCAAAUACUACACUGACCUCGACAAGCAGGGAUUCCAACCACCCAAAAGGUCUUCGGUUUCUAUUAGUUCCAUCAGCCCUUCAGACAACUCUCUCACCACCCCUACUCCGUCAACAGACACGACCAUAUACGAAACACCCGACGCACAGCAGAACAAGAAUAUGGAGAUCAUCAUUAGCUGUGUCCACGUCCUGUAUCAGGUUGCACGUGCAGGGAUUCUCAGUCUAAAGGAGGUUGUGGGUGAUGGCGUGUUCAAUUGCCUCAUGUCUCUGUCUGCAUUUGAAGCCAACCAAACGAUAUUUGAAGAUCGAGGGUCUUUGGCACAAGAGGCAGAUGCAGAUGCAGGUGCAGAUCGAAAUCCAAACCCAAAUCCAAAUGCACCUGCAAAUGAAAACACAAACACAAACACAAAUGAAAAGGCGUCAUCCAUAUCAUCCGAAUCUCACAGCCAGAUAAAUGAUAGAGCGUUCCUGAUCCAAAGUCUAGCCAUCAAGAGCAUUGCAUAUUUGUGUGGAUUCCCUGUCAAUCAACCUAGUAUUAUUGAGCAAGUGCAGGGAACAGAUAAGCUGGCUUGUUUAUUACGAUCACCGCAUGACGAUGUACAAAGAUACAUGGCAAAGUCAGUGGCCUAUCUGUCCCUAAGAAAUGAUAAAUACAAGAUAUCCUUGCUGGGUAAUGGAGGUGCUGAUGCUCUUGUGUCUAUAAUUGCACGCUUACCAUCAGAAGACUCACUUGAAGUGGAGCCCAAAGAAGAGACGGCUGGGAAUAUAUUACCAAGCCAUUCAACAGUAUCGCAUGUGUGUUGUGCCUUGGCCAAUUUUGCAACCAACCAGGAAUCUCAAGUCAAAUUAAUGCAACAGCCAAAUAUUCUAAAGUACAUUUGUAAUGUACCCACUGCCUUCCAAGCAAAUGUAGAAAUCCACCGACAUGUUGCCCGUUGUUUAGCAAACUUUUCUUUGUAUGAAGAUAACCACGUUCUGAUGCUAUCAGACGAUCAAGAAAAAGGUCAUAAUGUAAUUCCUACAUUAUUGGCCUUGAGCCAGGCACCUCAGGUUACAUCUGAUGUUCAACGUCAUAUUGUACGUGCCAUAGAUAACUUGAGCUCCAAUGAAACUGUCGAUCAUUCAAUUAUGUCCAAAUUUUUUGAAGAUGUAUAUUUAUUUAUCAUGGACAUGCUUGAGUUUAACAAGGACAAAGAUACCCUGAAGCGAGCCGAGAGCAUAAAGAAACGGGUCGAGGAAGAGAAAAACAAGAUCAAACCCAAACCCAAAAGCAAGAGUAAAAAAAGCAAACGAAGACAAAAAGGGUCUGCCGCCAAAGGACGGUCAGCUCUUCACACCAGUGACGAUAACAAAGAAGAAGGCGAGGAAGAAGACAGACACAAUAAUGAUGAGAAAAAAGACGAGAAAUACGACGACGAGGAUGAGGAUGAAAAUGAGAAUGAGGACGACGAAGACUAAGACUAAGACUAAGACUAAGACUAAGACUAAGACUAAGGUUUCUGGGUUCUUACACUAGGCAGUCUAUUCGAACGCUUCUUGUUGCUCAUUACCUGCCUACCUGUCUUGUUUAUUUGUUUUUUUUUCAUGUGUGUGUGUGUGUGUGUGUGUAUAUCUGUGUGUAAGGAGGCUUUUUUUAUCUGGUUUUUUGUUCACAAAAAUCCAUCCCAGAAAUUGAUGAAGGUAUCAAAAAAAUGAAGACGAAGAAGAAGAAGGGGAAGAGAAGAAGACAGGGUUAUAUAUAUAUAUUGGAUAUAAAUGUAUCCAUUGUAUUAACGAUGUACACACACACAUACACCUACAUAUAUAUAUAUAUACAACCAUUUUUGUUUACCCUCAAGAUAAAUCCAAAAAUAUGAUAAUACUAUAUUUCUAGGCUUGUUUUGUGAGCGAAAUAGAGUAUUUGAUAACAAAAUCCAAAUAAACAAGUAUUUUUUGUACACCUUUU